CCCUCCUCCCUUUCCACUUCUCUGCCCCCCCUUCUCCCUCCCCCACCCCACCCCCACUCAAGUCCUGGGAACCUGGGGGCUUCGGGAUCUGGGCGCUAUGAAAAGUGUCUGCUCAGUCACUUCCGGUUUUUCUUCCCCCAAUCCCUCAGCUGCUGCUGCUGCUGCUCAGGAGGUCAGAUCUGCCACUGAUGGUAAUACCAGCACCACUCCGCCCACCUCUGCCAAGAAGAGAAAGUUAAACAGCAGCAGCAGCAGCAGCGGCAGUAACAGUAGUAACGAGAGAGAAGACUUUGAUUCCACCUCUCCCUCCUCUUCCACUCCUUUACAACCCAGGGAUUCGGCAUCCCCUUCAACCUCGUCCUUCUCCUGCCUGGGGGUUUCAGUGGCUGCUCCCAGCCACGUACCGAUACAGAAGAAGCUGCGUUUUGAAGACACCCUGGAGUUUGUAGGGUUUGAUGCGAAGAUGGCUGAGGAAUCCUCCUCCUCCUCCUCCUCAUCUUCACCAACUGCUGCAACAUCUCAGCAGCAGCAACUUAAAAAUAAGAGUAUAUUAAUCUCUUCUGUGGCUUCGGUGCAUCACGCAAACGGCCUAGCCAAAUCUUCUACCACCGUCUCUAGCUUUGCUAACAGCAAGCCUGGCUCUGCUAAGAAGUUAGUGAUCAAGAAUUUUAAAGAUAAGCCUAAAUUACCAGAAAACUACACAGAUGAAACAUGGCAGAAACUGAAAGAAGCAGUGGAAGCUAUCCAGAAUAGUACUUCGAUUAAGUACAAUUUAGAAGAACUCUAUCAGGCUGUGGAAAAUCUCUGUUCUUACAAGAUUUCUGCAAACUUGUACAAACAGCUGAGACAGAUUUGUGAAGAUCACAUCAAAGCACAAAUUCAUCAGUUCAGAGAGGAUUCAUUGGAUAGUGUUCUUUUUCUAAAGAAGAUCGAUAGAUGUUGGCAGAACCAUUGCAGACAGAUGAUCAUGAUCAGGAGCAUUUUUUUGUUUCUGGAUAGGACUUACGUUCUUCAAAAUUCAAUGCUACCCUCCAUUUGGGAUAUGGGACUGGAGUUAUUUAGGGCUCAUAUUAUAAGUGAUCAAAAAGUCCAGAAUAAGACAAUUGAUGGCAUUCUUCUUUUGAUUGAGAGGGAAAGGAAUGGUGAAGCAAUUGACAGAAGUUUACUGAGAAGCCUUUUAAGCAUGCUCUCUGAUUUGCAAAUUUAUCAGGAUUCUUUUGAACAACGAUUUUUGGAAGAAACUAACCGACUUUAUGCAGCCGAAGGCCAAAAAUUAAUGCAGGAAAGAGAGGUUCCUGAAUAUCUUCAUCAUGUUAACAAACGUCUAGAAGAAGAAGCAGACAGACUUAUUACUUACUUAGAUCAGACCACCCAAAAGUCAUUAAUUGCUACUGUGGAAAAACAACUUCUAGGUGAACACUUAACAGCAAUUCUUCAGAAAGGUUUAAAUAGCCUCCUUGAUGAAAACCGAAUUCAAGAUUUAUCUCUCCUGUAUCAGCUCUUCAGUAGAGUUCGAGGUGGCGUUCAGGUUCUCUUGCAGCAAUGGAUUGAAUACAUUAAGGCAUUUGGUAGCACUAUUGUAAUUAAUCCUGAAAAGGAUAAAACCAUGGUUCAAGAAUUGCUGGAUUUUAAAGAUAAGGUUGACCAUAUAAUUGAUAUCUGUUUCCUGAAGAAUGAAAAAUUUAUCAACGCCAUGAAAGAAGCAUUUGAAACAUUCAUUAACAAAAGACCAAACAAACCUGCUGAACUUAUAGCUAAGUAUGUAGAUUCAAAGCUUCGCGCAGGCAACAAAGAAGCUACAGAUGAAGAACUUGAGAAAAUGUUGGAUAAGAUUAUGAUUAUAUUUAGAUUUAUCUAUGGCAAGGAUGUUUUUGAAGCCUUCUAUAAGAAAGAUUUAGCCAAGCGCCUGUUAGUUGGGAAGAGUGCAUCUGUGGAUGCUGAAAAAUCAAUGCUGUCCAAACUUAAACAUGAAUGUGGAGCUGCUUUCACCAGCAAACUUGAAGGAAUGUUUAAAGACAUGGAACUUUCUAAAGACAUCAUGAUUCAGUUCAAACAGUAUAUGCAGAACCAGAAUGUACCUGGGAAUAUUGAAUUAACUGUGAAUAUCCUGACGAUGGGUUAUUGGCCAACAUAUGUGCCUAUGGAAGUUCAUUUACCACCAGAGAUGGUAAAACUUCAGGAGAUUUUCAAGACCUUUUACCUAGGCAAACAUAGUGGCAGGAAACUUCAGUGGCAGUCAACCCUAGGACACUGUGUGCUAAAGGCAGAAUUUAAAGAGGGUAAAAAGGAACUCCAGGUCUCUCUUUUUCAAACACUGGUGCUGCUAAUGUUUAAUGAGGGAGAAGAGUUCAGUUUAGAAGAGAUCAAGCAGGCUACCGGAAUAGAGGAUGGGGAGUUAAGAAGAACACUGCAGUCAUUGGCUUGUGGCAAAGCUAGAGUUCUGGCGAAAAAUCCAAAGGGUAAAGAUAUUGAAGAUGGUGACAAGUUCAUUUGUAACGAUGAUUUCAAGCACAAACUUUUCAGGAUAAAGAUCAAUCAAAUUCAGAUGAAAGAAACGGUUGAGGAACAAGCAAGCACCACAGAAAGAGUAUUUCAAGACAGACAGUAUCAAAUUGAUGCUGCAAUUGUUCGAAUUAUGAAGAUGAGAAAGACACUUAGCCACAAUCUCCUUGUUUCAGAAGUGUACAACCAGUUGAAAUUUCCAGUAAAGCCUGCUGAUCUUAAGAAGAGAAUAGAAUCCUUAAUUGACCGGGACUACAUGGAAAGAGAUAAAGAAAAUCCAAACCAGUACAAUUAUAUUGCAUAAAAUGUUGGCCUUGGAGCAUUUGGUGUCAUAAACAGUAACCAGUGGAUAAACUAACCUGUUAUUAUUUGACUUCUUUUAUACUACCAAUGACCAAAUGAAGCAGUGUAAUGGAAAUAGUUGAGUGACUUUUCAGUGGUUAACAUGCCCAUUUAAAGAGUAAUACUUACCUUUAAGAAGAAUGUUGUUGAACUCUUUGCAUGUUAUUUAGUAUGAUGUGCAGAAAACUCUUAAGAAAGUACCUGGUCUUCAUGAUUCCUAUUUGGAACUGGGGAAGAGGUCCCUAUGGCUAUUAAAAAAAAGAGGAGGGGGGUUCUUAUACACCAUUAAUUAUGAAGCAAAAGGUUUAUUUGCUUAAAAUGUCAUUUAAAGAUACUUAAACUGCAUGCAAACUUUAUUUACUGUACAGAGUUCUGGAUGUAUUUAUCAAAUAGAAAAACCACCCUGGACUUGGUUGUUCACCUGUUUUGUGAUUUCCCUUGAAGAGAAAAAUAAGUUGUCAUAGCUAUUGAUAUUUUACUAAGUAAUGUUCUGUUACACUGAAAGGGAUGUUUUUAAAAAUUUUAUUUGGAAACAAGUUUUCAAGCAGAGGGACAGUUGCUUACAUAGUCUUGUAUACACACAUCCUAAAAUGUUCCCAUGGGAUGUGUGUAUAUGGUUCAGCCCUGAGUUUACUGUGCUGAUUAACAGGUACUUAUAAAAAUAGCUGAAAUAGAAAAUUGCUGGUCAGUUGUACUAGAAGAACAUGGUAGGAGAGAAAAAUCCAACUCUUUCUUCAUAUUAAAAAUGAAUAUAAUAUGAACAUCGCAAAAGAGACCAAAACCCACGUGUUGUGUAACUUUUUACAAGAGCAAAAAUUCAUAAACUAGUUUUCAACUUCCUUUAGACUUUAAUGUUGUUUGGACAGUUUUGUCUUUAACUUGGACCAAUUGUAGAUUGUUACAGGCUUCCUGGGAUUUAGCAUUCCUAUUUUCUCUACCAAAGUUUUUUUUUUGGAAGCACCUCAACU